AUGAGCAAGCGACCUCCCCCAGAUCCGGUGGCGGUCCUCAGAGGCCACCGCGCUUCAGUCACCGAUGUCUGCUUCCAUCCCCUAAGGAACAUCUUAUUCACCGGCUCGGCCGACGGCGAACUCCGGAUUUGGGACACCUUACAGCACCGCACGGUUUCGUCGUCGUGGGUUCACAGCGCGGCUCACGGCAUAAUCAGCGUUGCUGCUGCUGGGGACAAAAAGGUAAUUACGCAGGGAAGGGAUGGGACUAUCAAGUGCUGGGACAUUGGAGAAAGCGGCUUGUCAAGAAACCCUCUCACCACCAUCAAAACCAACUCGUACCACUUUUGCAAGCUCUCGCUUUUAAACGGGCCCCACGCGAAAAUCCAGCUCUCGUCCGAGAACCAACGAGAAAGCGAGGUUUCAGGUUCAGAAGAUCGAACGAGCAAUAAUUACGUUGCCCUAGCCGGGGAAGAUUUGUCCGUGGUCGAGAUUUGGGAUGUCGAUAAUGCCGAAAGGCUCAUGAAAUUGCCUCAAAUCAAGAACUCAGGUAUGUGCAUGGCUGUUCAGGCUUUUUCGCCGCUGGGUAAUAAUAAUGCGAAUAUUGUGUCGGGCUAUGAGGAUGGAUCCAUGGCUUUGUGGGAUGUGAGGAAUACGGGCCGGGCUUUGACAUUCGUGAAGUUCCAUACUGAGCCCAUUAUGAGCCUUUGUGUCGAUAGUUCUUGCCGUGGUGGAGUUUCGGGUUCUGCUGAUGAUAAGAUUGUGAUAUUUACGAUUGAUCCUUGUGCUGGGUUGUGUUUGGUGAAGAAAGAGAUUGUUUUGGAGAGGCCUGGUUUAGCGGGGACUUCAAUUCGGGCCGAUGGUAAGAUUUUUGCGACAGCUGGGUGGGACCACAGGUUAAGGGUGUACGAUUACCGCAGAGGAAAUGCUCUGGCUGUGUUGAAGUAUCAUCACAGGACGUGCAAUGCUGUUUCGUUUUCGGAUGAUUGUAAACUUAUGGCGUCGUCUUCGGAAGACGCUACAGUGGCGUUAUGGGAAAUUUAUCCGCCGAAAAGCUGA